CUGAUAGGCUGAAAGUUUCUCGGUGGCGUUUUCGGCGGAGGCGCAGCAUCAGCGUCCCAUAAAUGUAAAGCCUCAGAGCGCACGCACUCAGUGACCACAGGCGACACUGAGCGCGCGCAGAGCCUCGAGCCCACACAGCUGAGAGGAGAAACUUUUGCAGAAGACGCCUUAAUUCUCACAUCAGGAGUAUUUGAACGCCGCCAUGCUCGCUGCUUGUCUGGAGUUCCUCGGCUUGGCGCUGUGCGUCAUCGGCUCGCUGCUCGUGAUGGUCGCGUGCGGGUUGCCCACGUGGAAGGUGACCGCGUUCAUCGACUCCAACAUCGUGGUGGCGCAGACCAUCUGGGACGGCCUGUGGAUGUCGUGCGUGGUGCAGAGCACGGGCCAGAUGCAGUGCAAAGUCCACGACUCGGUGCUGGCCCUGGCGCAGGACCUGCAGACGGCUCGCGCGCUCACGAUCGUCUCCGCCGUGCUGGGGGUGGUCGCGCUCUCGGUGACGGUGGCCGGGGCGCAGUGCACCAACUGCAUCAAGGACGAAGUGGUGAAGGCGCGGGUGGUGAACGCCGGGGGGGUGAUCUACAUCAUGAGCGGGCUCUUCGUGCUCGUGCCGCUCUGCUGGAUGGCCAACAACAUCAUCGUGGACUUCCACGACCCGCUGGUGCCGCCGUCCAAGAAACGCGAGAUCGGGGCGGCAAUCUACAUCGGCUGGGCGGCCACCGCGCUGCUGCUGCUGGGGGGGACCCUGCUCUGCUGCUCCUUCUCCCAGGGGGUCCGGGGCGCGUACCCCAUCAAAUACGCGCCCACCAAGACGAUCACAUCCAACGGAGGGACUGACAAGAAGUACUAUGUAUAAACUGCUAUUCAAACAGACUUUGGGUUUUGGGACAUUUGGGACUUUUGCUGUGAAAGUUUGAAAUGUUGUGGGGCCAAAAAGACGCUGAGCAUGUUCAUACUGCAGAGUAAGGUUGCAAAGGUAUGAGACUUAAAUGAUAACUGUCACAGAAAAUAUCGCGAUGUCACGGUAUUACAGAAUAAUUAUUACAAUCCGUUCAAAUGACCUUUUAAAAAAACCUUUGAAACCUGAGCAUAUUAGUUUGAUUUCUUUAAAAAAAAAAAAAAAAAGAAAAGAAAAAAACAAGGAGAAAAGGCAACAAACAAGUUCAAAAGACAUGGCAAAAAUUUGCGCCCAAAAAAAUUAUUAUAUGUAAUUAGAAUGUAAUAUUUCUUGUAAUAUUUUAUUAUAUAUGUUCUUGGCAUUUUAAAUGCAAAAUUAUUACAAUCAUCCAAAUUCUGGACAUUCCCCCCUUUUUUAAAAAAAGUAAGUUUUAUGUAAUUAUGUCAUCAAAUUUCACCAAUUUCUUUGAAUUUAUUGGAGAUUUUUUCCGCCAUGUUUUAGAAAGAAAUCAGAUCAGUCUGCAAAGGGUUAAAUAGGUUGUGAAAGAAUGAAUGGAGCACAAGAAAACUGAAAGUUGACCCCAUCUAUUUCAGAAACAUGGGAAAAACGGCAACGAGAAACUGACCCAGAUACGGAAAUGACCCAGAAAUUAGUACAAGAAUUUACCUGAAAAUGAGCAAAAAUACAUUUUAAAAAAUCCAAGCAAUAAA